AGCAGAAACCAACAAAACAGGGGGGGGACACUGCCCCCACGGCCCGCAUUUGUCUCUGGCACAGUGUGUACCUGCUUCAUCCAGCACUCACCAGGGAAACCUCAACAGGCAGCCAGUGAGGCACCAUCAGGGGACCACGAGCCUCACUUCUGCGUGGCAGUUUUCUCCUCCAUCCCAUCCAGUGGUGAACCACCAGAGCCCCCCUCCCCCCCACGUAGUGACAGCCGUCCACUUCCUGGGCCGGAUGCCACACCACGUCACCCAGUCGCCUAGAGCUGGAAAGUACGCCUGACGUCACAGGCAAUGUCAGGAAGUCCCAGCGGUGGCAACCCGCACGCAGCGAGAAGAUAGCUGUUUUUUUUUAUUCCCUGGAAGGUGGUAGGUGGUGCAGCAGAAGAGUUCUGUGAAGUGACACGUUGGGCACAGAACAGCAAAGACCGUGGAGGACCAGCACUCACAGGACAGCUUCCCCUAGGCUGUGGAUGUAAAAUAUUCAUCCUACUCACCUUGAGCACAGGUUUGGGGUGUUUUAACCCAACUUCCAGGAAGGAACCAGAAACAGGUUGAUAUUUUAAAGCCACACCUUGGAGUGGAGAAGAUACCCAGUGGCAUCACUGAACUGACGUGGCCCCCUACCUCUGGCGAGCUUGGGAGGGGGAUGGGCUGAGCAGCCAUGGUGGUGACGCAGCUGGAGCUGGAGUUACGCUAUCGGGGCCGUAAGCUGCGGGGCUUCACCUGCAAGCUGACGCGCUCUGCCCAUGGCGAGCUGCCCGAGGGAGCCUGGCACAUCGCCGCCCAGGUGCUGCUGCCCUACCUGCUUGGGGGGCUGGGAGUGGUAGCGGCCGGUCUCCUCAUGGACAUCGUGCAAAACUGGGAGGUGUUUAAGAAGAUCACGGGGGUGUUCAUCUUGGUACCAGCCCUGGUAGGCUUGAAGGGGAAUUUGGAGAUGACACUGGCCUCCCGACUCUCCACAGCAGCAAACACUGGCCAGCUGGACGACCCCAGACAGCAGUGGGUGAUGGUGUGCAGUAACCUGGCCCUCAUCCAGGUCCAGGCCACCGUGGUCGGUUUCCUUGCUGCCCUGGCUGCACUGGCUCUGGGGGCUAUAGUGUCCCGGGGAGGGGUGGACCUGGACCAGGCGGCCGUGCUGUGUGCUAGCAGCGUGACCACUGCCUUUGUGGCAGCGCUGUUUCUGGGUAUUGUAAUGGUGGGGGUGAUUAUUGGCUCCAGGAAAGUGGGCAUCAACCCGGACAAUGUGGCCACUCCUAUUGCUGCCAGCCUGGGUGACCUCAUCACACUGUCCCUGCUGGCUGGGGUCAGCAGUACUCUCUUCGAAUACAGAGAGGUGUGGUACCUGUCCCCUCUGGUGUGUGGGCUGUUCCUGCUCCUCAUCCCAGUCUGGGUGGUGAUUGCCCGCCGCAGCCCACCAAUCCGGGAGGUGCUGAAGUCAGGAUGGCAGCCGGUCAUCGUAGCGAUGUCUAUCAGCAGCAUCGGAGGCCUAAUCCUGGACAAUACAGUGAGUGACUUUGGAUGCAUGGCUGUCUUCACACCUAUCAUCAAUGGUGUAGGGGGCAACCUAGUGGCAAUCCAGGCCAGUCGCAUCUCAACAUACUUACACUUCUGGAGUGUCCCGGGGGUCCUGCCCUACAAGAUGCGGCAGCACUGGCCCAACCCUUGUGUCACCUUCUUCACCGAAGGUGUCAAUUCCAAAUCAGCCAGGGUGCUGUUCCUGCUGGUAGUGCCCGGCCACCUGGUGUUCCUCUACGCCAUCUACCUUCUGCAGGGUUGCCGCACUGUCAUCACGCCCACCUUUGGCUGCUUCUACUUGUGUGCUGCUCUGCUUCAGGUGGGGAUCCUCCUCUAUGUGGCAGACCUAAUCGUGCGUUUCAUGUGGCGGCGUGGUCUGGACCCAGACAACUUCUCCAUCCCGUACCUGACGGCACUGGGGGACCUUCUGGGCACGGGCCUCCUGGCGCUGUGUUUCCACUCCGUCACACUGCUCAAGGAGGUGGGGCUGUGAGGGGGCACACCACAAGGUUAGCUUGUCCCCAGCUCUGAGGCUCUCAGUGACAACCACCGGAUCUGUCCGUGGUAGGGGUUCCGAAGAGAUGGGAGAGACACCUUUACCGGCCAAGGUGGUAGAUGCCCAUCAUCUCAAACCAGCUUAUGCUGCCUUUACCACCAAGUAAAAAAAAUCACCUGUGCAGCUAGAGUCAUGUGUUUAAAAUUUGUGCUGCCACUUUCUGUGAGGGGGUGGCUUCAGUGUGGGGCCUUUUGUUAUUCAUUUACGAGUGUUUUUAUCUUUAAUUUUGUAACCGUCUAACAAGAGAAAGUUGCUUCUUCAAUGCCCUUUGUGGAGUUUUUGGACAGUCAGCUCCAGGACCCACUGUAAAGUUCCCUGAAUGUUAUGUCCUAGUUCCACAAGAAGGACCUUCCUGAAGGCCGUGUGUCUGGUGUAUGUUUUAUGCUGUGUUAUGUUUCACUGAGUUCCUGUAGCAUCUACUCACCUGUCUAAUGUCAGCCCUGUCUCCAGGAUGAGCCACGAGAAAAACACACGACCCAGAAGGACACGAUUGAUAGAAGGGGGUUUGGACACAACCAUGCUGCACUUAUCACUGAAUAUUAGUGUAACAUUUGGUACUCAAUGCACUAAUAUACACAAAGGCUUCUCCCAGCAGAAGCUUGUCAGUCAUUUAACGAUGCUUUUCCGUCUUCAUUUAUUUAUUUUACAGCUGUGUGUUGUAUUUAUUUUUUAAUAUCCUUUUAAUGGAAAUUGCUUAGUCAUCAGUACUUCAGCUUAAUAGUUAUAAGGGCUUUGCCCGUCAAAGCCUUCCUCACACAGAGCUUGCCUGCUCAUCUGAAAAGCACAGAAGUACGUCCAGUGGUCAUCCAGUGCUGAAAUUACCGAGCGUAACUCUGGUCAUCCUGCUACUGGAUUUGUGAUCAGAAAGUUGCUGGGUCAGAUCCCAGGGGGGCAGCAUUUCAUUUAGGAAAAACCCAGCUGUGCAGCUGCCUAACUGCAGAUUUGCUUUGGACUGAAGCAGCAGUCCGUGGUUCCCUGGCAGCUGUGUGUGUGUGUGUGCGGACCUUCCAGCUCUCAUUAAAUUGCUGACAAACCUCAGUAGAGAGACAGAAAUUAAAUUAUUAAUUAGUUCAAAUUUAGUGCUUUAGGUCUACAACAUAACUGCACAUAGAACCAUUCUGCCAGGACUUGGUUUAGGGUCACAUGAAUUGAAAUAUCUGCUGCAAAGUAAUUUAAGUAGAUAAGGUGUUUUUUCUACCUCACCUGUCACACUAUCAUUGUAUUUACUAAACAUCUCUCUGUGUGCAUUGGAUUUCUAUGAAGAGAGAGUGUGCAGGAGAAUUAGCAGUGGAUUGUUAUUACCUUUUCUAAUUUGUCUGAGUAACCUUUAAUUUGCAUCUGUUGUGAUUUGUUUCUGUAUUUGUUCAUUGGAAUAAAGCUUCAGGAGGAUACAAGGAAAAUACUCUGCA